CUCAGAGACUCUAAAGUGCAGUAGGUUUUUGCAGCAACCUUUUUCUUCCAAAAACAUAUGAAGGUACAGUACAUUCGGUUUGGAUACUGAAGAUAGACCUCGUAAGUGCACUACAAAAACAUACAUGUGAAAAUCCUUUUAAUGAAAAACUAAAUUAAGGAACAUUAAGGACAAAUAUUUAGCAUUCAAAAUCAUUUUAAUAUACAUUUUAAUUUAUCUGAGUGACCUACAAGAAAAUAGUUAUAAGAAUUUUAUUCUCACUUAAUUUUAAACACAUUUUCAAAUCCUCCAGAGAUUAAAGGAAGAAAUCUAUAAGAUUGAAACAGUAAAAAGAAUUAAAACAGCGAAUUAAUAUAAUACAAUAGAAGAAUAUAGAAAGACAAGAAAAAAGGAAAAUCCCUGUGCUUAGCAAGAUUUGACUACAAGACGAUACAAUGUUGAAUGAGAGAUGAAGUCUAUCAUGUUGAAACAGUAAAAGGAAUUAAAACAGCAGAUUAUAUUGAUUUACGAAUUAAUAUAAUACAAUAGAAGAAUAUAGAAAGACAAGAAAAAAGGAAAAUCCCUGUGCAUAGCAAGAUUUGACUACAAGACGAUACAAUGUUGAAUGAGAGAUGAAGUCUAUCAUGUAACUGCUAUACAUUUAACAUGUCCUUCAAACAAGGUUGAGACAGUAAAAGGAAUUAAAACAACAGAUUAUAUUAAUUUGAGAAUUAAUAUAAUACAAUACAAGAACAUAGAAAGACAAGAGAAAAAGGAAAAUCCCUGUGCAUAGCAAGAUUUGACUACAAGACGAUACAAUGUUGAAUGAGAGAGGAAGUCUAUCAUGUAAUUGCUAUACAUUUAACAAGUCCUACAAACAAGGUUACUUUAUAGAAUGCAUUCAAAUCCAUCUGAUUUGUUGAGUUUAUUGAUUAGUUUCUAGAUUUAUGUGAUAAGUUACACGGAAAUAAAAAGUGCAAGAGUAGAAAUGUUAACUCAGACUAAACAUUUUCCUCUCAAGUGUCCAAUAUGUGAGCAAUGCUGUUUAUUUCUAUCCGCAAUGAAGGCUCAUAUAUUAUAUCACACAGGAGAGCGUCCCUUCAAAUGUUUGGUAUGUGAAAAAACUUUUUUCAGACAGCAGCAAGUAGAGAGGCACUCAUUGGUUCAUACAGGGGAGAGACCUUACAAGUGCACUACAUGUAGAAAAUCCUUUAUAACCAAAGGGGAUUUGAAGAAACAUACCUUGUUUCAUACAGGAGAGAGACCUUAUAAGUGCACAUUAUGCGAAAAAUCAUUAAAAACCAAAGGUGAAUUGAAGAGACAUUCAAUGGUUCAUACAGGGGAGAGACCUUACAAGUGCUCUACAUGUGGAAAAUCAUUAAAAACCAAAGGUGAAUUGAAGAUACAUUCAUUGGUUCAUACAAGGGAGAGACCUUACCAGUGCACUACAUGUGAAAAAUCAUUUAAAACCAAAGGUGAAUUGAAGAGACAUUCAUUGGUUCAUACAGGGGAGAGACCUUACAAGUGCUCUACAUGUGGAAAAUCAUUAAAAACCAAAGGGGAUGUGAAGAGACAUUCAAUGGUUCAUACAGGAGAGAGACCUUAUAAGUGCACAUUAUGCGAAAAAUCAUUAAAAACCAAAGGUGAAUUGAAGAGACAUUCAAUGGUUCAUACAGGGGAGAGACCUUACAAGUGCUCUACAUGUGGAAAAUCAUUGAAAACCAAAAGUGAAUUGAAGAUACAUUCAUUGGUUCAUACAAGGGAGAGACCUUACCAGUGCAGUACAUGUGAUAAAUCAUUUAAAACCAAAGGCGAUAUGAAGAGACAUUCAUUAGUUCAUACAGGGGAGAGACCUUACAAGUGCUCUACAUGUGGAAAAUCAUUAAAAACCAAAGGUGAAUUGAAGAUACAUUCAUUGGUUCAUACAAGGGAGAGACCUUACCAGUGCACUACAUGUGAAAAAUCAUUUAAAACCAAAGGCGAUAUGAAGAGACAUUCAUUGGUUCAUACAGGGGAGAGACCUCACAAGUGCUCUACAUGUGGACAAUCAUUAAAAACUAAAGGCGAUUUGAAGAGACAUUCAUUGGUUCAUACAAGGGAGAGACCUUACCAGUGCACUACAUGUGAAAAAUCAUUUAAAACCAAAGGUGAAUUGAAGAGACAUUCAUUGGUUCAUACAGGGAAGAGACCUUGAAAGUGAACAACAUGUGAAAAUUCCUUUACAACCAAAGGCGAUAUGAAGAAACGUUCAUUGUUUCAUACAGGAGAGAUACCCUAUAAGUGCAUUACAUGUGAAAAAUCUUUUUCAUUAAAAAGCUGUAUCAGAACACAUAUUACAAGGGUUGAUAUAGUAGAUAGACUCAGAGACUCUAAAGUGUAGCAGGUAAAACCCUUUUUCUUCGAAAAACAUAUCAAGGUACAGUACUUACGGUUUGAAUACUGAAGAUAGACCUUGCAAGUGCACUUCAAAUAUACAUGUGAAAAUCCUUUUCAUGAAAAACUAAAUUAAGGUACAUGUAGGAAAAAUAUUUUGCAUUUAAAAUCAUUUUAAUACAGUAUCAAGUAUUUUGAGUG